AUGGCAAUUUUUAAAUCAAUUUCAUCAAUUUCAAAUUUAACUGGUUCAAUGGGAAGUUCAAUUGGUGCCUCUAAUCUUAAUGGAUUUGCUAGUAAUGAUAAUUCAAUUUCAUGUUUUGAUGGUGGUUGUGGUGGUAGUGGUGGUUUAGGUGGAUGGAGUGGUUUAAGUGGAUGGGGCGGUAUUGGUGGUUUUAAUGGUGGUUGUGGCGGUUCAAACACAAAUAUCAUUAACCUCGACAUUGAUAUAUGUCGCCGUCGUCGUAGAUGUUGUUAA